GCACAAGACGUGAUAAUGACCAGCAAGCCAACGACUAAGGACCAUCAUUUUAGGGAUUUUAUACAUUUUUUAAUAGUGUUACAAAAUCUCUACAGGAGGAGACAUUAGGCGUAAUGGUCGGUGGCAGUUGUGAGCGAAAGGUUUUUAUUGAUCGGCUGGAUUCAAUAUGUGUGGGCCGGAUUCCUCUUGCGCGAGACAUGGGAGGAGCUGAAGGAGGACUAUCUGCUGGGAACGCAAGGUGUCAGCACAUAACAAGCAUACGUAGUCAAGGAGAACCCCCUUCCGGCAAAGACCCUUUUCCAUUACAUCACGAACCGCAUUUUAUUGAAGAAACAUAUUUUCAAACAAGUUUGUCCUUCCCCCUUGUGUUGUCACCAGUUAGUCGUGGAUGCGCCACUGUGAAAGGGGAGGGGGGACAGAUUUCCCCCAAUAGCCUCGUCUGUUUUGCUCGUCACUGAGUGACAUUCCUGCGGAUCAAAGAUCGCUUUCAUUUGCUGGUAUGGAAACUCUUGGCUGCGGCAGUUGAACGACUGUUCCAUUAGGAAACGAAAUCGAGGUAAAUGAGGAGCUGAUCAUGUCCAAGAAGCGUCUGGCAUAAAGAAUGGACUUGCUUGUGCCGCAGUCAUGGCCAGAUCCGCCAACAGAUGCACUCAGGACGGCGAUUCUAGAGUGUCAGUCCCGUCGGAACGGGCCGAGGCCCGGGACUUCGCAGAACCCCGGGAACUGUCUCUUGAAGAAGUGCUGAAAUCUUACGAGCAGCCCAUAAACGAGGAGCAAGCUUGGGCGGUGUGCUACCAGUGCUGCAGCUGGCUGAGAGUGCCGCGCCUGAACCGGGCAGAAGACAGACCAGUUUACCAGGUGAAAGAUCCAUCGUCAAUAUUCCUUCACAGAGAUGGGACCGUAUCUCUGCAUCUGGAGCUCUGGAACAGCAGCGAUGACACCGGGACGCUGUCCUACCCGCCUGUUGCUGAGUGCAAGUUGGUUCAGUCCCUGGGAGUGGCCAUCUACAAAGCCCUGGACUGGGGAUUGGAUGACAGCGAAGAGCGGGAGCUAAGCCCCCAACUGGAACAGCUCAUCGACCGCAUGGUCGGUGGGGGCGAAGGCAAUGAAGGUGGGAGUGAACCAGGGGGCAAUGGUAUAACCGAUGAAGGCUACAGUGAUCAGGAGGAAGAGGAGGAUGAGGACGGCGAGGGGGCGACUCGUGCAGUGCGCACCUUUCGUCAGGUGAUGGCGCUGUGUGCAACCAGGCUUGCAAACCGAACCCUGGCCCCUGAGCACUACCAGGCUGUGUGCAGGGCCCUGUAUGUGGAGACCCAGGAGCUGCAGACCUUCCUGACCAAGAUCAAAAAUGCCAAGGAGAUGCUGAAGAAGAUCAAGAGAGAGGAGAGCCAGGAGGACAAGAGCGCCGCGGAGCUGGACGCCCUCAAAAACACAGACUGGGCUCGGCUGUGGGUGCAGCUGAUGAAGGAUCUGAGGCAGGGGGUGAAGCUGAAGAAGGUUGAGGAGCAGCCCUUCAACCCGCUGCCCACUGAGUUCAGCCUCACGCCCUUCGAGAUGCUCAUGCAGGACAUCCGCUCGCGCAAGUACCAGCUGCGCAGAGUCAUGGUGAGCCCACACAAGCAGAGCCGUCUCUCUUUAACAGUGGCGGUGGAUGGUAGUAUUACUUCAAGGGUGAAGAGAAAUGCACAUGAACUCAUCCUGGAAUUCAUCCGCUCGAGGCCACCUCUGAAACCUGUGUCAGAGCGCAGCUUGCCCCCACCACCACAGCGGCAGAAGUCCCUCCAUGACCGGCUACUGGAGGGGAUCCGACAGGAACGCAAGCUCAAGCCUGUGGAUCCUCCCAACGCUAAGAAUCCAUUUGGCUCACUGCCCUGCCUGGUACACACCUGCUCAUGUGACCUGAAGUCCACUUCCUGCAUAGAUCUGUCUGUCACAGAGACGGGACCGCGCCCAUCCUCCCGACCCAGAGUCCUGCUCAAAGCACCAACUCUGCAGGAGAUGGAAGAGAUGAACAUCUUUGAGGAGGAAGACUCCCCAGACGGUGGGGAGAUGAGGCGCGUGGAGAGCUCCCCCACGAUGAAGCGUGACCGCUCCUUCUCGGAGCAUGACCUGGCCGAGCUGCGGGGCGAGAUCCUGCCCUCGCUGUCCGAGUCGGCGCACCUGGGUGGCCAUGUGCUGCUGAGGGGAGAGAGACCCCGUGCCAACACACUGGGAGGGGCCUGGCCAGUCCCAACUUACAGAGCCUCUUUCCCUGUUGCUGGCUGGAUGCCGUCCUCUCCGGCUCGCUGCUCCCUGAGUUCGGUGGAGGAGGCAUCAGAAGGGGUGGGGAGCGUCUCUCACUCUCGAGGGCUCAGCAAACGCCAAUGGAUGGAGGAGUUCAGUCACCCUGUGGAGAGCCUCGCAUUAACAGUGGAUGAGGUCAUUAACGUGCGGCGGGUGCUGGUGAAGGCCGAGAUGGAGAAGUUUCUGCAGAACAAAGAGCUCUACAACAAUUUGAGGAAGGGCAAGGUAUGCUGCUGCUGCCGGAUCAAGUUUCCACUCUUCUCCUGGCCAUCCACUUGUCUUCUGUGUAAAAGGUCCGUCUGCAGUUCUUGCAGUGCCAAGAUGAAGAUCCCUUCCAAAAAGAUGGCACACAUUCCAGUUUACACCGUCGGUUUUCACAGCAGCCCGAAGAGCCACCAUCGCAAGAGCGAGGUCUACAAAUCCCUGCGCUCUCUCUCUCGUCGCUCGGUGGAGGAGGAGUUCCCGCACCUGUAUGCUCACGGCUGCAGCCUGCGGGACGUGUGCGCUGAGUGCACCAAGUUUGUGGCCGACGUCAUCUCCUCCAGCCGCCGCAGUUUGGACAUCCACAACAACACCCCCAAGAGGGAGAAGGCGUCCUCCUCUUCCUCCUCCUCCUCCGCUAGCCAGCCCACGCCACCUUCACAACCACCGUCCACACCUAGGAGGAAGAUCAAAUGAACACGCCCUCCCCUGAUUCCCCUCACAGACAUACAGCGACCGCCUGUUUGACUGACUGAUGAAGGACCCCAGCUUUAAAAAAAAAACAUUAACACCUUCCAUGACAGACCUCUGACUGACUGAUUGAGUGCUGUUCUGACAAUCUAAUGAACUAUCGCACUGACUAAAGGCUUCUGCUUUGAACGGCAGUCCGUUUGACUGAUUGAUUGGUUGAAAUUGAUCAAAGAGUUGACACACCCACCCGGUGAUUGAUUGACUGAGAGACUUGUACGCAAUCGCAGUCCUGGCCGGAUUGCCCCUUUAGUGCACUGCACCCCCA